AGAACUUUGACAAGCUUUGAUUUGUUUUCUAAAGACAUUGACAAUUCAUAUAGACAUUAGACUUAGGCCUAAUUGUGACAUCAUGUGUGUAUGACAUCUUUGAAGAAUGCUCUGGCUUCAGCCAAUCGGAAUCGAGUAUUCAACAAUGCUUUGGCAUAAUUCAAGGACGUUCAUAUUCACUUCAGUUGUCUGCCGAUGGUUCACUGACGUUUUUUCAAAGGAGCUUUUAGUAUUUCCUCUAAACAGCCUACAACAAUAAGCUACACAUCAUGUCAGAUGACAGCAAGAGCGUGAAAUGGGAGGAUCCCCCGGAUGACCAAAAUAAAGUCGUGGAGAACAUGAAGGAUGAAACAGAGACACAUGAGACCAACAAGAACAGGACAGGAGGCAAGGCUAAACGUAAGUCCAGUGGCCGUGCCAAGAAGACUUCCGUGGAGGAGGACAGCAGCAUUGGUGCAGAGUCUUCUCAGACACCCGGGUGUGGUUUCCAGGAAAGGGGAUCUAUCAUUGAGCAGCUGGAGAAGGAGGCUCAGAGGACUCUAAUGCCUUCUCUCAAGAUUGAGACAUGCUGUGCCCCAAUCCUCCUCUCCUUCCUGAGGAGUCUAACUGAUGACCAAUGGAGAGUGAUUCAGCAUGGCAUGAAAAAUAACCUCACAUUCGAGCAGCUCUCCAUGCUGUGUCUGAAGAUUGUUAAAGUCGUGACCCAGACAGCCCUCCGCAUUCUCCUACCAGCGCUAGCUCGUAUCAUGGGGGUGAACCUGAGGAGUGGGGCAACCUCCCCAGAAUCCCAGUGCUCUCUGACAGGGUCUGAGGAUUCCUUAGGCAGUCUGGAUGAGAGAGAGAAAAGGCUGCUGAUCAGUGAGAUGACCUACUGGACUAAGGAGAGGAGGAGGAAUGGCAGUGCAGGGUGCCGCCAAAAAUCCACUCGCAGAACCUCAUCACCAUGCUGUUCGCCUAAGAGCGUUACAAGAGAGGAAACAAAAAGGACUGCCAUUCAGUCCAGGAACAGACUGAGAUUCCCUCUACUGAUGGACAUUGCAUAGGUAAGGAUGUUUUAGAGCUCUGCUAAAGCUUGUAGUUUUGUUUAGGUGUGUGUUAGAAACAUAGGUAUGCCUACCAAACUCAUAGCACUGUUAUUUUUCAACGUUACUAUACUGCAUCUCU